CGUGGUCGUGGACAAGUGUGUCAACGACAGAACCUUCAUCUAUCUCUAGGAGCAAGCUACCGCCCACGGCUUCACCUCCUUUAAACUCGGCGUCAGCUGGCAUUACACGAGGACAACAUGUCCAGCGGCAAUGUGGAAUUCCUGGGCGACAAUGUGGAAAUCCUGGGUGACGAACCCGAGGGCGAGGCUCCCACCGCAGAGCAGUUUCCAGCGGCCGGUGCGGGAGACGAGAGCCGCCCCAUGCUCGUCGUGUUCACCGUCGAUAAAUUGCUGGCCAAUAUCGCCACAGCAGAUCCGGCGGAACUGGAACGCGGAAGCACGGGAGAAGGCGGAGCGCGACGACGCAGAGCAGGAAGAGGAGCGUGAGGCUGCUUGGGCUGCUGCUGCGAGGAAGCAGGCGGAGGAUCGGGAGGCUGCCCGGGCUGCUGCUGCAAGGAAGCAGGCGGAGGACCGUGAGGCUGCUCGGACUGCUGCUGCGAGGAAGCAGGCGGAGAAGCGUGGGGCUGCUCGGGCUGCUGCUGCGAGGAAGCAGGUGGAGGACCGUGAGGCUGCUCGGGCUGCUGCUGCGAGGAAGCAGGAGGAGGAGCGUGCUGCUGCUCUGGCGGAGCGUGAGGCGUAUCUCCAAGCUGCUAGGGCGAAGCAGGGGGCGCUCCGAUCGCGGCUGGAGGACCUGGAGCCCCGCCACCAGCACCCGCGAGCAGCAGCUGUGCCUUCCCCCUACCCCCGUCGUCGUAUUAUCGUCCGUCCCCCAACGCAAUCCCAGGUGCCCCUUGGUUCCCGUAGUACCGCCUCGCCGCACGAGAAGGAGCGGGAGGUGGCGGCUACUCCGACGAACGAAAAGGAGCGGGAGAGGGCAACGACUCCGGAGUUUUCGGUGACGUUGGGUCUUCCGGCCGGUGCUGAAGACGGAGCAUCGUUUCCGGCCGCAACCACGGUUUACGAGUUCCAUGUUGGCGAUACAGCGUUCCUGUCCCGCCCGCUGGAGAUGCCUGCAUCAGAAGUAACGUUCCACGAUGAGGACAAACUGGCAGCUCUUUUUGCAUGGGCUGUCGGUCGGCGCCUCCUGCGUCUAAAAGCUGUAAGAGCCGUUGGGGUGACCAAGAUUCGACGGCCAAGAGCGGGACGGACGACCACCGCCGCUCCACCGGGUCUUCGCGAGGGCGCGGCGUCGGAGAUAACGGGCGAGGGCAAGCCGUGGGGAACCAGCCUACCAGGUCUUCGCCGGCGAGCCGCCAUCGCCGGAGCAGGAGUCGGAGCGCAGAACGUCAACAGCACACCAAUCCUUCGUCGAAGCGUGGGCGCAGCCGGAGCGGAGACCGUCGUGGGAGAAACAUGUUUGCGGCCUACGCCACUUAUUUAUCGGGUGAGACUGUUUUGGUGA